AUGAAUGGGUAUGAGCCUAAAGGCUUUGAAGAAGACGCCUUUGGGGACAAGGGAAAUCAGUCAGGACUGAAGACCUUUGACGCCUUCCCCAAGACCAAGGCGUCGUAUACAACACCCACCACACGCGGCGGACAAUGGACGGUGCUUAUCCUGGCAAUCUGUACCCUGUUGAGCUUCAACGAGCUGAAAACAUGGUGGCGCGGCACGGAACACCACCAGUUCAGCGUGGAGAAGGGUGUCUCUCACGAACUGCAGUUGAAUUUGGAUGUUGUGGUCCACAUGCCAUGCGACACACUCCGUGUCAACAUUCAAGACGCCGCGGGUGACCGCAUCCUCGCCGGCGACCUCCUCGAGCGCGAAGAUACCUCUUGGAAAUUGUGGAUGGACAAGCGGAAUCACGGCUCCCACGAGUACCAAACCUUGAACCACGAGGAAGCCGAUCGACUCAGCGCCCAGGAAGAAGAUUCCCAUGUCCACCAUGUCAUUGGUGAAGUCCGUCGCAACCCAAGACGCAAGUUCCCCAAAGGACCCCGAAUGCGCUGGGGCGAACAGGCGGACGCUUGCCGGAUUUUCGGUAGUCUGGAAGGCAAUAAGGUGCAGGGCGACUUUCACAUCACGGCGCGCGGGCAUGGAUAUCGUGAAAUGGGGGAUCAUCUGUCGCAUGAAGUCUUCAAUUUCUCCCACAUGAUCACCGAGCUCUCCUUUGGCCCUCACUACCCCAAUCUGAUGAAUCCACUCGACAAGACCAUCGCCGAGACCGAAAAUCACUAUCAGAAAUUCCAGUAUUUCCUCUCCGUUGUCCCAACACUCUACACAAAGGGCCGGUCUGCAUUCGACGCUUAUACACGCGACCCCUCAUCCCCUGCAGUCCGCAAAAACCGCAACGCGAUUUUCACCAACCAAUACGCGGCUACAAGCCAGUCGACUCCUCUGGCAGAAUCCCCAUACUUGAUCCCAGGAAUCUUUUUCAAAUAUAACAUUGAACCUAUCAUGCUGCUCGUCAGCGAGGAGCGGACGGGAUUCCUGAGUCUUUUGAUCCGAGUCAUCAAUACUAUCUCUGGCGUGCUGGUCACUGGCGGAUGGGUCUAUCAGAUCUCGGGCUGGGUUGGCGAGUUUAUGGGGAAGAGGCGGAGACAGACCGAGGGCGUCUUGACUGGAAAGAAUUACACGGAUUGA